AUGAAGUACCUUAUUGUUUUUGCUGUCCUCGCCUUAGCGCUCGCGGCGGAAGAGAAAAAGGAAGAAUCCAAAACUUUCAGCCGGUUGAUCCCUGCUGAUGUUUUGAGAGACUUCCCAGGUCUUUGCUUCGCGUCUACCCGUUGCGCAACAGUAGAAGUUGGCAACACAUGGGAUCUCGCACCCUUCUGUGGUCGCAGCACUUGCGUUCUCAGCGAGGACGAGCCUAAGAGACUGCUCGAACUGGUGGAGGACUGUGGCCCUCUACCUGUGCCUAACCCCAAGUGCAAACUUGACACUGAAAAGACCAACAAGACAGCUCCUUUCCCUGGAUGCUGUCCAAUCUUCACUUGUGAGGAUGGUGCCAAGUUAGAGUACCCAACACUCCCAAUUCCUCCCGCAGAAGAGGAGAAGAAAGAAGACGCAAAAGCC